AUGGUCCAGGAGAAGCAGAGCUGGCUUAAAAAUGUCUUUGACUCAGAAUACUUUGUUUUUUGGAUGGCGCUAACAUGCUUAUCCAGAUACAAGGAGGAAGCGGUCCAUCAGUAUUUGUGCUACAAGAUGUUUCAAACCCGGAGGAGCGAAGCCAUGAUAUACUACCCGCAGCUGUUUAACUUAAUGCUCGUGGAAAAUGGCCAUCUGUGGAACAGGCCUAUAUUCCGGCUGCUGUACAAAAUAUCCAGAAAAGAGAAGCACUUUGCAGCUACGCUUGCCAUGUACUCCGUCUCGGUCUCAGACUCGUAUGCGCCCUCCCAGGAAAAAUACAGAAUAUGCAUGGGCUUUUCGCGCGCAAUCCUGCACAAGAAAAUGCGCUGCCCCAAGCCCAGAAAGAUGCCGAAAAAAAGCACUCUGUACACGAGGUAUCUGAAGAUGACGUACGGCUCAAAAGUGGGGAUGUCUCCCGUGGACAAAAUGCUGGAGCAGCAGAAGCAGUACUACAUGCUGCCAGACCGGGUGUGUGCAAAAAAGAGGCACAAAACCCCGUCGCUGGAGUCCGCCAUUGCUGCGCUGGUCUCGGGCCUGGCCUCUGUCGUGGACUUUUCCCAGCACAGCUUCCUAGUCGACGUGGCGCACGCGAAUAGAGCCAUUCCAGCGGCCCGGGCUGUGCACACGAAGGAAGCGGAGAUGACGCAAGCCCAAAUGGUGAGAGAGUCUGGCGAGGCGUGCUUCAUAAUGAAGCUAAACGCGGUAUCGAACUCCCUCAUUCCGAUUCCCAAGGCCAUGCGGGACCAGGCACUUUCGACCGAGCUGAACCUAUUAAACCUGUACCUGCCUGAAGACGUGUGCCUGUCCAUACUGUGCCCGGGAAGCUGCAAGCACCGGAACAUCCUCUCUCUUUCGGUGGAGCUGUCCAAAACCCUGGACUCUGCCACGCGGGCCCCCUUUAUGCUGGUCUUUGAAACCUCCCAGGAGGCUAACAUUCCCCGAAAGAUUGAAGCGGUUGAGUCUCCGUCCCUGUACGAGGGAAGCACGUGCGAGGAGAAAAAAGACAGAAAGCAGGAGACAAAAGAGAGAAUUUUCAAAACAGCCAUAAAAAUACUCGGCGGCCUGAAAGAGCUCGACUCCAGUGCGCAGGUGGAUCUGGACAUUUUGUCGAUCAAGACUCGGGUGAUUAGAAAAAUAUACAACAUGCACACUCCGCAGUACAUUGCGCCUUCCGGGAGCAAAUUCUCCGAGGAGUGGGGCGAGGCUGUGAGUGCUGCACGAAAGCACUCUGUGUACAGGGACUUGCCCACCUGGGGGCUGAACUCUCUAAUUGUGAAGACGGGCUCGGACAUGAAGCAGGAGCAGCUUACGUCGCAAAUACUCAGCAUAAUAGAGAGCAUCUGGGCAGGCGACAGGGUCGAGCUGUGCCUGAAUCCGUACAAAACCCUUGUCACCGGGAAGGGCUCUGGCCUGAUAGAAACCAUUUUGGGGGCCAAGUCAAUCCACCAGAUAAAAGUGUACCUGAAAGAGAAAGGCCUGCCCCAGAACCUAAUAGAGUACUUCCGGGAGAACUGGGGCAGCAAGCUGGAGGAGGCGCGGGAGGUCUUUUUCAAGAGCCUGGUGGCGUACUCUCUGGUCUCGUACAUACUUCAGAUAAAAGACAGGCACAACGGAAAUAUUCUUAUAGGGAACAACGGUGCGCUGUUCCACAUUGACUUUGGGUUUGUGCUGGGGUCUCACCCAGGGUUCUACUCCGUUGAGUCUGCGCCCUUCAAGUUUGCUCUGGAGUAUGCGGAGGUUGCAGGGAAGGACCGAAUGGAGACGUUCAAAAACCAGUUUCUGAAGGGGUUUCUGUCCCUGCGCAAACACAUGGACCAUAUAAUUAUACUUGUGGAGAGUGUGGCCAAGUCUGGCGGUAUUUUAUCAAUCACGCACGCCUCUGUCCACUCGCUCAGGGACAGAUUCCAGCCAGGCCUUACAAUUGACGAGUUUUCCGAGCACGUUUCCGAGAUUGUGGACCGGGGAAUGAAAAACGUCUUCACAGACAUAUACGACUCCCUCCAAUACUACACGCAAGGAUACUGCAAGUGA